AAAAAAAUUAUAUCUAUGCGUAGUAAUCUGCAUAUAACUGCAUGUUUUUUUCUCAGAAGAUUAACUAAAGGAUCGCGAUAUUUGGAAAAAAAUUGUAAAAGUAUGACUUACAUUCUUGCAUUUGCUAUACUUGUAAUUGUAUCAGAUGUCAAUCUGGUUCCAAUAAAUCAGCCCGACUUUUUUGCUGGUCUUGAACCUAUUCUAGAAAAAUCUUAUAAAUCACAUGGGUCAGCGGAUUCAAGAAAUGAUGACCAAUCUUCAGAUAGAGAAAUGUCUAAGGAGGAUUUACUUGCAGAAAUAAAAAAAAAUAUGAACGAUCUUUUUAGAAAUUAUAUCAAUAGUGAUGAUGCAACAAAAAAUGAAAAAAAAGAUAAACAGUCCACCACAAAUGCUCAGAUUAUUGAGAAUACUAUUGAGCAGAAGGAUGUGAGGUCUGACUCCUUAACAGAUGAUAAUACAGAUCAGACCAAAGCAUUGCUUAAAUCAAUACUUAGCGUUUUAAAAUCUAACAAUAUAUCAGGUAAUAGACCAGAAGAAAAUGUUCCUGAAAUUAACCCUCCUACACAACUAAACACUAGCAUUUUGGCUAGCAAAAAUACUAAUGUACAAUCAAAUGUUGACCAAUUAAUGUCAAACAAUCCAAAGGCUAAUCAUUUAAGUAGUAAUUCAGAAGUUUCAAACAACAUAGCUACAACUGCAACACCUAUAGUCACUUUUCAAGAUCUUCAAGAAGCUAUUUCCAGAUUAGUUGCAGCUCUUGACAAAAAACCAGUUCCUGAACUGGAUAGUUUACAAAUAAAAAGUGUUCAACAACUUAAGCAAAAUAAAGAAGAUUCAAAAGAGAUUUUCGAACCUAUCAAAAAUACAGAAAGCAUUUCAAAAGAGAAACAACCAACACAUCCUGAUUUAACUAAUGCGCUUAACGAAGUUAUCAAACACUUGCCUUCACAUAAUCAGCACAGUAAUAAUGAAUUUGGUAAAAAAGUUCAGGGCUCACGUGUGGGGCUUUCAAAACAGAAUGAAGAUGACGGAAUGACCUUUGAGAAAUUUAAAGAGAUUUUUUAUAAAACUUUUUUCCCUAGUUAUGUAGAAAACGAUCAACAAAAGGUGAUUAUGUUGGGCCGUAAAGAUGGGUAUGAUCAAAAAGAUGAUUUCAACAAAAAAAAAAUGGCUGAUUUGUACGAAGAGAUUCGUAAAGCUACUGAAUAUGAAACAUAUCAUGCAAGAAUGGCAAGAGAAGAGAAAAAAAAGGAGCUUGUCUCAUUAUUAAAUGAAAUCCUGAAACCUGAAGAUAGGGUUGUUUAUAAUGGUCAUACUGUUUCGCUACAGAACAAACGCAACUUUGAAAAUUUAAUCAAUGAAGAUGAUGAGAUUUUGAAAAUCUUUAAUAAAAAAUCAAGUAACCUGAAUGAUUAUGAAAAUCGUAAAGAUGUUGUUAAAGAAGAUUCUACUUCAGUCGGCAAAAGUUCAAGUACUUUUGAUAGAAGAGCUGCUUUGAUCAAUUAUUUGAAUAUGUUGAUUGCAAAAUUGGAAAAAAACUUCAACAAAAAGAAUAAUGAUUUGUAUUCUUCCUCUGAUUCACAAGUUCAAAAUUUUGAUUCACAAGUAGAUGCUCAAAAUUUUGUUCAGGCUUUACUAAAACAUAUUGACUCGGGAACAGAUUAUUAUUACAAAUUCAACAAAGAUAGAUAAAAUAGUAAACUAUUUUUAAA